GGCCGACCUCAUGAAUGAGCUCCCCUAAUUCUCGUGAUUUCUCGCGUAGUGACGAGAUUUCGUGAAGUGAACCAUGGAAGAUGGCGGCUGAUAAUGAUGUACGAUUAAUAGAGCGGUUACGCGUCGUGAUCGGCGAAGCCAAGAACCUGCCACCGAGGAGUCAUGGUGCCGUUGAAGAGCGUGACGUUUACUGCGCUAUCAAGUUGGACCAAGAGGAGAUAUUCCGUACCACCACUCGUGAAAAAACACUCAAUCCGUUCUUCUCGGAGGACUUCCAGUUCGAGGUUCCCCGGGAGUUCCGGCAGCUGUCGGUGUAUGUGGCAGAGCGUGAGCGGGCGUCCAACAAGGACAAAGUGCUGGGCAAGGUGUCCAUCAAGAAGGAGGGCAUGCACAAGUACUACGGCAAAGACAACUGGUUCCCCAUCAUGCCCGUGGACGCCGACUCGGAGGUCCAGGGAAAGGCCCACAUUGCAGUGAGACUUGAGCCUUCGACAAAAUCUUCCAUAUACGGGCCCUGUGCCAAGCUCUCCGUAAGGGUGACUGAGUGCAGCGACCUGAACCUGGUGAACGGGUCGUGCAACCCCUAUGCCCUGGUGACUCUCUGCCAUGGACUGGUGAAGCAGGAGACGCGUAAGAGCAAAGUGCGGCGGAAAACCGUCUGUCCCCGCUUCGAGGACGCUUUCUACUUUGACCUCAAACCCCAAAGGUCAGACAAACAAAUCCGGUCGAUUAGGGAUGAGUUCAGCAACCUUGAGCUCAGGGUGUGCCUGCAGCACGACCUGAGCGGGGUCGGGGGCAUGUUUGGGAGCGCCUUCCUCGGGGAGGUGCGCAUCCCACUGAGGGAGCUGGACCUGGAGCGGGGCUCGCACCAGGCCUGGUACCUGCUGCAGCCCAGGGACCAGAUGCAGCAGCAAACGCAGCAGCAGACGCAGCAGGCGCAACAGACGCAGGCCACGACAUCUCCCCUGGGUUCCCUCCGGCUCAAGCUUUUCUUCACCUCGGACCGGGUCUUCUCUAGUCACUUCUACAGGGAGCUCAGGGAACUGCUCCUCAUGUCCCCAGACGUCAAGCCGGUGACUUCGAGUGCAGCCUACAUCCUGGGUGAGAUGGUUCAGCACAAGGACGAUGCGGCCCAGCCCUUGGUCAAGAUCUUCAAGAGCCACAGCUCGGUACUGCCCCUGCUCAGGGCACUGGCUGGCUGCGAGGUGGCCGGAGUCGCGGAUCCACACACCAUCUUCCGGGGCAACACCCUGGUGUCCAAGUGUGUGGACGAGUACAUGAAGCUGACCGGGAUGCUCUACCUGCAGGAUACUCUCAAGGCAGUCAUUGCCAAGAUCUUGUCCGAGCACCUGCCCUGCGAGAUAGACCCCUCCAGGCUCAAGGAUGGCGAGUCUCUGAAGGCAAACGAGGGCAACCUGCGUGGCUACGUAAGAGAGGCCCUGGGGGCCAUCACCCGGUCCUGGGUGGCCUGCCCCUGGGAGCUGUGCGACCUGUUCUCCAUGCUGCGGGGCCUGGCCGCAGACCGCUUCCCGGGACGCAAGGAGCUCCAGUACUCGGUCAUCUCCGUCUUCCUCUUCCUCCGCUUCUUUGCAGCUGCCAUCCUCAGCCCCAAGUUAUUCGAGCUCUGCUCGCACCCCAUCGACGAGCAGUCCCACCGGAGUCUGACACUAGUGUCCAAGUCCAUCCAAACCUUGGGCAACCUUGUCAGCUCCACAGCGGCUCAACCAUUCUACAAGGAGGACUACAUGAAGGAGUUUUACGAGAACUUCAUCACGGAGGAGCAUAAAGAGUCUGUACGGCAGUACCUGGAGCUGAUCUCUCUGAAGAACGUCCCCAUGCGGAACUUGGACACACCUUCCAUCGUCCUCAAAGAAGGAAUCAUGACCAAGCGAGCCCAGGGGCGGAACAAGCUGGGACUGAAGAACUUCAAGCGGCGCUACUUCUGCCUCACCACCAAGGAGCUGUACUACUCCAAGACAAAAGACUCGAGUCCCCUGUGUACAAUCCCACUGUAUGAGAUCCUGGGGGUGGAAAAAGUCCAGGAAGACUCGUUCAAGAUGAAGAAUGUGUUCCAGGUGAUCCAAAAGUGCCGGGCCCUGUACAUUCAGGCCAACAACUGCGUGGAGGAGAAAGAGUGGCGCACCAUCCUCACCCGCAUCUGCCACUUCAACCUGUGCCGCAUCCACACCUACCACCCGGCAGCCUUCCUCAAGGGACACUGGCUCUGCUGCAAGGAGGAGAGCGAGACGGCCCCGGGCUGCUCUCCCGUGACAUCCUACAACCUGGCGGACAUCAAGGUGACCAUCGACACGGACCGAGAGAUGCAGCGCGUCCACUCCAUAUUCCUCAACCAAAUGCCCACCCUGGAGAGGCUCAUCGAGACGUGCCGGCAACAGCUGGGGAGCGGGGCGUCGACCUGUCCCGGGGUGGAGAUGCGCCUCCCGCCGGGCUUUGUGCUGGACGACCCGCAGAGCCUGCUCAGCACCCUUAGCUCCAUCAAGACCUUCGUCGAAUCCAUGGAAGUGAAGCACGAGCGGCACCGGCACAACCUUUACCGCCAGACGCGCUACGGCUCCAAGCAGGCACCCAUUGGGGACGACAACUACCUGCUCAUGUUCGCACGGCAACAACAGCAGCAGCAGCAAAAAUUGGCGUCAAACUCGUCUUCCUUGGCACGGCCCCUCACCAGUGAUCUCCACAUUCCUCCUUUUCCCGGCAGCGCAAACGGCUUCUCUGCGGCCUCCUAGGCGACAUCCCCUCCUGUACGCUUCUUGUGCUCUUCGCAUCGUACCGCCUGACUCCCGGGUGCAACUCGGGAAGCAUUGUUCCUUCCGUUUCGCUUCCACUAAGUUAAAAGGUCGGGUUACGGGGCCGGGUGGGUCACUCUUGGGGCGAGAGGUUGCAAGUCUACUUGCCCCCGCGCCAAAACACGAGCUGCCAUGCAGUGUUCGGAGAGUCAUCUGUUUCGACAACGAGAGCCGUCUGCCUUGAUGGGAGCAGACGAGAGUCGUCUGCGUCUGCUCCAACAAGGCAGUUUAAAAUUGUUUGCUCCGACGAGUCUGCUCUGCAGCGAGAGAGAGCUCCAACGUGCCCACUUCCCGAUGUAUGGAGUCUUCCGCGGAGCUCGAGUUUCGACCGAGAGUCGCAGGUGAAGCGCGCCUUUCGUCCUUUCGCCGCUAGGAUAUUUUAGGUUUAGGACGCAUGUUUAAUAUAUAUAUACAUGUUAUAUAUAUUACAUAUACGCAUGCACAUAUACAUUCACAUCUAAAGUGCACACACAAUCACCUUUUGUCUCAUUCGUCCGGCGCGGAAUGCGCAGUCCUCCGUCUGAGAGCAUCUGCCGAAAGAGAAGUGCGUAGCGCAGUCGUUGCCUUUGCUCAAGGUAUAUCUCCCCUCGUCUUGGAAGCGCUAAUUGUCAUAUUUUUCUUCGAAUGUCCUCCGGUCCACUUGUGGCGACAUUGUAAAAUAUCAAGUUUUGUUUUAUUGCUACAUUUGUAACUCUCCCCUUUUCCUCAAGCGUACUUAUAUUCGUCGGCUUGUGUAGUGGCAUCUUGCGCCUGGAGAGCGUGGCGGCUGCAGCCUUUGCCGAUGUUGUGCUUUGCCAGAAGACAGUGCAGUGUUGUGCCUUCCUGCGAGUGGCGUUUGCAACGUCGUGGCAUCGUACAGUGUUGGGGUGUUGGGAGAAUGUUGGUUGCGUUCGGUGUUGCCUUCAACAUUGCGGGGCUAUGUUUUGCGGAGCUGGGGAGCUUGCUCAGUAGUCGCGUUGUUGCCGUCGCCUUCACCACGAGUGCAUCGUUGGAGCUGCCACUGUUAUCAAAGUUUUUUGACGCAAAGUUUGUGAAGUAUACGCGGCCCCCCUUUCGUCGCUCCCGAAAAAGCUCGUUGCGGUGUGCUGCUUUUUUUUUUACACGCACACGCGUGCACCCGUUUUUGAGGGAAGCGACAAAGUUCACAGGCAGUUAAUAGGUUUGAGAUUGUAGUUAAAAAAAAAAAAAGCUAUUUUUCUAAGUGACAUUAAAAAAAAAAGAAGAGGAAAGCACCAGCAGAUAGUUGUAUGAAUUAAUGAGAGAAAAAAGAAAUGUUGGGAGGAAUGCUGCCACAAUUUUAUAUAACACCAAGGGGAAGAGAAAUCUAUGCACUAAUGUGUUGAGAUGUUUUUGUGUUUUCAUUUAUAUAAGUCUACAUACAUAUACACCUCCAUGGCUACUAUAACCCCCAGUUAAUCGCAUACUACGCCAUCUUGUUAGCGUGGUUGAGAAAGCACUUGCUGGCACUUGCUCGGAGCCCGUUCAACUCUGAUCUGAUGGCAGUGCAGCCUGUGCUGUUGGUCACAAGUAAGCAAGAGAAGGUUGCGUGGACACUAUUUAUUGAAACUAAACACAUUUACUCCAAGCCAGAACAAACCUAGGCGUGCCUUUCUACUCUACUGUUGUGUGUAUGCAUCCCAUCAUUCACAUAGUGAUGAGUAAAGUUGAAUUUUAUGCAGA